UGAUCAGAGCCACCGGUUCUAACCUAAAGCCGGCAGGCCAAUGGCAGAAAAAACCACCAGUAGUCAAAACUCAGCAAAUUUUGAGUCUAGUAUAGAAGAAACAGAGUUCAACCCAACCAUGAGUUCGUUUGGAUCGGACAAUUCUACCUUCCAACUCUCUAUAGAAAAACUCAAUGGCAGAAAUUACAAGAAUUGGGCACAAUCGAUUAAAUUGGUCAUUGACGGGGAAGGUAAAACUGGAUACCUUACUGAGAAGCAAAACAGCCUACGGACGAAAAUCUUCAAAAGAGGUGGAAAUCUGAAAACUCUGUGGUUAUGGCCUGGCUUAUGAACUCAAUGAAGCCUUCAAUUGGUAAAAAUUACCUCUUCAUGCCCACUGCUCGAGAUAUUUGGGAGGCAGUUCGUGAGAUGUACUCCGAUGCCGAGGAUUCAUCUCAAAUUUUUGAAAUUAAAACUAAGCUAUGGCAAUUGAAGCAGGGAGAAAGAGAUCUGACGGAGUACUACAUGGAAAUGACAACCUUGUGGCAAGAAUUGGAUCUCUGCGUCGAAGAAGAGUGGGAUUGCUCGAAGGACAGAACCCGGUACAAGAAACAGUUGGAGAAUGAACGCGUCUACGAGUUUUUGGCAGGAUUAAACAGAGAACUAGACGACAUGCAUGGAAGAAUUCUUUGUCGUCGUCCUCUGCCAUCACCGCGUGAAGUGUUCGUCGAAGUCAGACGUGAAGAAAGCUGGCGACUAAUAAUGUUGAAGAGGGAGGUUGGGCCGGCUGGGAAUGAAAUGUCGGCCCUUACUUCUGUCAAUUUAAAUGGGCCAGUUAGUGGAAUUGGAUUUGGGCCCAUUCAUGAUACAAAUGGAACUGGGCCGGAAGGUAUUGCAACCAAUGUUAAAAGGAUGGGCCUAAAAUGGUUGGGCCCAACGGAUCAAAUAAAAAAUUUAAAGGAAUAAAAUUAGGACUAGGUCCAAAACAGAGGGAUGUCUAUGAUGUGACCAUUGCCGGAAACCUGGACAUGACGAAAAUACGUGCUGGGAUAUACAUGGAAAACCAUCAGACUGGAAACCAAGACAAAACUCCAGAAAUCACGCCUAUCAAUCUACAGUCAAUGCCACCAAGACAAAAACGUCAACUUCAAAUAGUGCAUUCAAUCCCGAACAACUAGAUCAACUUUACAAAAUAUUCUCCAGCUUCCAAACCUCUGGUUCAACAAGUUCAUUAGCCCACAGAGGCAACCUUAAGAUCAAAAUUGCGGAUGGCUCACUCUCUUCAAUAUCUGGAAAAGGGAGUAUUCCCAUCUCUAAUUCAAUUACUCUAGACAACGUCCUCCAUGUCCCAAAACUGUCGUGUAACUUAUUAUCCAUUAGCCAGUUGACAAAAACCUCAAAUUGUUUUGCUAAUUUCUUUUCGUCUUAAUGUAUCUUUCAGGACCUAUUAUCAGGGAAGACGAUUAGCAGUGCAAAAGAAUGUGAAGGACUUUACUACUUUGACGAGACGGAUGUGAGUAAACAACAUCAAAUUGCUAGUUGUGAUUCUGGAUUUGUUCCUACGGAUAGUGAGAUUCUUUUAUGGCAUUAUAGAAUGGGGCAUCCCAAUUUUCAAUACUUAAGACAUGU